AGUGAAGAAAUCUCCAAUUUUCCCAUUACUGAACCAAACAAGCAUUCACUCCGCAUUUUACCAAGAAACCCUUCCUACAAAGCACAUUUGUGAUAAAAAUUGGUGGUCCAAUCGGACAAUUACGGAAAAAUCUCCACGCUGGCUUUCAAUCGGGUGGUUUACCCCGCCAUGCCUCACAUCGUGGCUCCUCAAGCUAGAUUGUCUGCUAUUGCACGACAUAUAAAUCCUGAUACUUUGCAUACUUCCAGUCAAUUAUCUAAAACAACAAAAACAACAAGAAACUUUACAAAUUCUACCAAACACUCGCAAUUUGAGGGAAAUAAUUCCAAAAUGUCGAAUCAACCUGCUCAUCCUACCUUGUUCAUCCCAGGCCCAAUCGAAUUCGAUGAUGCUGUUUUACAGUCCAUGAGCCAUUAUAGGUGUGUAUAUUUGCUAUUUUGAUUUUGUACAAAGGGAUAGCUUGAAGUUGAGACAAUUUACUGAUAUUUAUCUUUAAAUAGUGAGAGUCAUGUCGGCGCUCCAUUUGUAGCAGUAUUUGGAGAAACACUCUCCAUGCUCCGAAAGCUCUUUCAAUCCACUGAUCCCUCAUCCCAACCUCUCGUUGUCUCUGGUUCCGGUACACUUGGCUGGGAUCUUGUCGCGGCCAAUCUUGCGGAGCCUGGUGAUGAAGUAUUGGUUCUUCAUACGGGGUAUUUUGCCGAUUCGUUCGCGGAUUGUUUUGAAACUUAUGGGGUGAAACCUACGCAAUUGAAGGCGAAGAUUGGUGAAAGACCUCAAUUGGAUGAGAUUGAGAAGGCGUUGAAGGAGAAAAAGUAUAAAUUGAUUACAGUUACACAUGUGGAUACUUCAACGGGUGUAUUGAGUGAGUUACAGAAAUUGAGUGAGCUUGUUCAUCGCGUUUCCCCAGAGACUUUGGUCAUCGUGGAUGGUGUUUGUACUGUGGGAUGUGAGGAGAUUGAGUUUGAUAAGUGGGGGUUGGAUGCUGUUAUUACGGCUAGUCAAAAGGCGAUUGGUUGUCCAGCUGGUCUUUCAAUUUCCUACUAUAGUGGUAGGGCGAUUGAGAGUUUUAAGGCUAGGAAGACUCCUCCUGGAUCGUAUUUUGCUUCGUUUAAGAAUUGGUUGCCGAGUAAGUUUUAUCUUCUUCAAGUCCCUACUCUUCGGACAGAGAAAAACUAACACAAAAUAGUAAUGCAAAACUACGAGGCCAGAAAGCCAUCCUACUUUGCGACUCCCUCUCCUCAACUUAUUCAUGCCCUGCACACCUCACUCACUCAAAUUUUCUCUAUUCCCCUCUCGGAGCGUUUCGCCAAGCACAAAGCUGUCUCUCAAAAGAUCAAACAGGCAGUAGCGGAUCUAGGUCUCAAGCAAUUGGCAUCUAACCCUGCAGAUCAGGCAAGUGGUAUGACAGCUAUUUAUCUUCCGGAAAAUGUCAAGGCGGCGGAGUUAUUACCGGGUUUGGGGAAGAAGGGAGUUAUUUUUGCGGGAGGACUGCAUAAGGAAAUUGCGGCGAAGUAUAUUAGGGUGGGUCAUAUGGGGGUUAGUGUUAUGGAUGAGGGGAGGGGUGAUAUAGAAAAGGCGAUUGAGGCUUUGGGUGUGGGGUUGAAGGAAGCUGGGUAUCAAAAGGCUUAGGGUUGGGGUUAGGGAUUUGUAGACGUGAGGAGGGAAGCGGGGUAUAGAUACAUAGAUGACUGAGGUUGGUGUGAUGGAUUCUAGGUAGAAAUAGCUGGUGUGGAUAGCUAUAUAAAAAACGGGGGGAAAAAGCAAAUUUUGGAAUGCAUUUAUUUGAAUAAGAAGAAUUUUAUAAAGAAAUCUUCAAUCUUGAUUAUGUU